AUAAAAAUUUAGGCGUGCAAAAACACGUGCCAAUAACCACUAUGAGAAUCUAAAGAACAAACACAAACCCUAGCUAGCUAGAGUAGCAUAUUUUCAGCCGCCUGUUUUUCCCCCAAUUCUUCGUUCAUCACCUUUUUCUUCGAAUUUCACAGAGUUUGAGAAUGGGUAGGAGGAGCUACUCACCAUCACCGCCACCCAGGGGUGGUUAUGGUAGAAGAAGGAGUCCUAGUCCCAGGGGCCGCUAUGGCGGCGGUGGUGGUAGUCGAGGUAGAGAUCUUCCCACCAGUCUUCUAGUUCGUAAUCUCCGCCGUGAUUGUAGGGCAGAAGACCUCCGAAGGCCAUUUGGACAAUUUGGUCCGCUAAAGGACAUUUAUUUGCCAAGGGAUUAUUAUAGCGGAGAACCGCGUGGAUUUGGUUUUGUUCAGUUUGUAGACCCUGCCGAUGCCGCAGAAGCAAAAUACCAGAUGGAUGGUCAGGUUCUUCAAGGCAGGCAAAUGACGGUUGUUUUCGCUGAGGAGAAUAGGAAGAAACCAGAUGAUAUGAGAUUUAGAGAACGGAGUAGGGGUGGCGGCAGCAGAUUUAGUGAUCGUAGGCGGUCACCGCCUCGUCGUUACUCCCGCUCACCACCUCCUCGCUAUGCCAGGUCACCAUCGCGUGGCCGUGAGUACUCUCCACCACCUAAGCGAAGACAAUACUCAAGGUCGAUAUCACCACGAGACAAAAGGUAUAGUCGUGAAAGAUCAUACUCGGGCUCUCCCGUUAGGAGCCCAAGUCGCAGUCCUAGGAGCCCAAGUCGAAGUCCUGUUAAAGAGCGGUCUCCGCCAUAUAGUGAACCAAGGAGCCGGAGCCCAAGCAGGAGUCCUGUGAGAAGUCCGAGCCGUAGCAGGAGCCGAAGUGGUGAACCAGGUGAUUACUAUAGAGAUGUGCCUCAGCGGAGUGAUGGUUCAGCUAGUCCAUGAGUGGCUAGUGGCUGUGUUGAUUUAAUGGCUUCUUUUGCCGUUAAAAAUACUUAUUAUUAUAUUAGAUGAAUUUUUAUAUAAAGUUAUUAUAAUAAUAACUAAUAUUUGAUAGUAAUAAAUUAAAAGUAAUGAAUUAUUUAAAUAAACUAAGAGCAUUUUUUAUAUUUAUUUUGUAUGUCAAAGGUACUCAAAUUGGAAAAUAAAGUAAAAUAUACAAUGCAAGUAGUUCUAAUGGAUGCAA